CCUCUCCACAUCCCUUUCUCUAGGCGGUAUAUAUGCGAAUUGGGGCAUUUAAUGCAUGCUAGAUCCCUCUCUCACUCUCUACCUAUAAAACUCCUCCUCCCCUAAAACAGCCAUUGGAGAGAGACCUCCAAACCCAAAGAAAGAGAGAGGCCAAAGAAGAUGGGAAGAAGGAGAAGCCAUUGCUGCCCAAAGGAGAGUACGAAUGUGAACAGAGGGGUUUGGUCCUCUAAGGAAGAUGAGAUCCUCACCAACUAUGUCAACCUCCAUGGUGAAGGCAAAUGGAGAACUGUUGCCCUAAAUGCUGGGUUGAACAGAUGUGCAAAGAGCUGCAGGCUUCGAUGGCUGAACUACCUAAAACCCGGCAUCAAGAGGGGUAACAUCUCUGAGGACGAGGAGGAACUCAUCAUAAGGCUACAUUGCCUUCUCGGGAACAGGUGGGCACUGAUAGCUGGGAGGCUUCCCGGGAGAACGGACAAUGAAAUAAAGAACUACUGGAACACGAUCCUCGUCAAGAAGUCGCACAAACAUCCACGGACCGCACUUCGCCCGAAAUCAGUACCACCAAACUCUUUGGAGGAACAUUUUUCUCCCAACAAUGAGGAUGAUGCCAUGAACUUUGAUAAUAAUCAUAGUAUCCUGAAUGCCCGUCAUGAGGCUUUAAUUGGCCUUGCUGAUCAAGCUGAUGAUGGUGAGAAGCAGAAGUAUGGGCCAGGGUCGGGGCCAGGGCCAGGGCCAUUCACAUUCUCUCCUACCGUCGCCCCAGAAGGCACUGGCAAUGAUGACCUAGGCUUCAUGAUGGAUGAAUCUUAUGGCUCGGAAUCACUGUCCGGGAAUCUUAAUGAAGUCGUGCCAGAGGACAUCCUCAACUUGUCUCCUUCCUCUACUUCGCCCGGCAGUGGGUCUCUUUUCUCUGGAGAUGAUCAAGCGAUGAUGAUCAACAAGUUUGAAAACGAGAUCAAUAAUUGCAGCAAUACUACUAUAAGGGAGCCAACGCUUGAUGUGGAGCUGAAGAAGUUGGCCUCUUUUCUUGAUUUAGAAGAUGAGUGGAGGGAACUACUAAAGAUAUGAAGAGAAUCUACAAAUUAGAAGGGGAAAGAGUAUGCUAUUUUUCAAUUUUAAAUAAUAUAUGUAUUUAUGCAUGCGUGUAUUUGAAACUAGUCUAGAUCUUCUGUGGUUCUUAAUUAUAUGAUGGAAAAUAUAAUGAUCAGUGGUAGUUUUCUUUUUC